AUGCAUUUCGGCGACGAAAGUUUUCGUAGCCAUUCAGUGUCCGAAAACCCGAAACUGCUAUCUAAUGCGGUGCCAUCAAUUUUUGUUGGUGUCUUUGAUGCACCAAAUAAUAGUGGUACUCCUCCAUUAGAAGAAGAGUUAUUGGAACCACCAACGAAAAAAAUUCGAUUGUCUUAUGUAGUAACGCACGAAUUUGACGGUGACUUACCCGUUUCAGAAGACGCUGUUGUCGGCGUGCAAGAAAUACAUAAUCCUCCCAAUCAUAUUGCUGUUAACGGUUCCGGUGAUGAAGAAAAGGAUAGCGCUAAUGACAGCGGUCCCGUCCGUGACAUAAGCGCGUCAAAGUUGUCCGAAAGUGAAGGAGAUUUCCAUAUAUCAUCGCAUCACUCCGAUUCCGGCUGCCAUUAUAGUUCUUCCACAAGCUUUAAUUCUGACUCUGAGUGCGAAUGGAGUGCGUCCAAUAGCUGUGAUUCUGAUUCCGAGUGCGCUUGGAGUUCGUCAAAUAGUUCUGAUACUAAUUCCGAUUGGGAACUCAGUUCGCAGGAAGACUGUGAUACUGAUUCUGACUUCCAAGAAAAUGAAUUGGACCAUUUGGAAACACCGGACUCUGACAAUGAUGCACUUCUGCGACCGAAACCAGCUUCUUCGACGGAAAAUGAUCUGAAACUACAAAAAAGGUUAGGCGCUUGCAAAAACAAAUUGUCCGGCUGA